AUGCGGUUGCCUGCUUAUCGCUCUUCAUACAUGCUUCGGUACCAUCCGUACCCACGGCUGUCUCUCAGCCAUCACGAAACGCUCAUGGACACAGUUGACGAACGUGACUCGCCGUAUGGGGAAUCCGACUAUAGCGACAGGUUUCCUGCUCUCUUCCAACUAGGAGCACCCUGCCUUCCGACGAUAGACGAGUACGAUGAGGCAGCGGUGAAUCUGGAAGCAGCUCUCGCGUUUGAGGACAAGCUGAGCUUCCGCAAGAAAAUUUUCAGACGUCGAUUCGUCCAUAUAGUAUUGGACCUUGCAUUGUCUAUUAAGCGCAAGCUCAAGAUGUGAGGCAAGGUCACACACGUUCUCUUCGCUAAUGUAAUCUGUACCACUUCGCCAACCGCCGUUCGUUAUGAAUAACUGUACUCAUUGAAAUACACAUUUAUCGUUACAAUGUAUAUAUAAUCCACACAUUUAUAAGAAUUUUCUUGGUUUUCGUGAUAGGUUACUAGAGCCGCUGAAGUAAAUUGUUUGGAGAUCUCCAAGACAGUGAUGUAACGAAACAAUUCAUCACGAUGACUUCAGCGUGUUCGACGAAAGGACAUCGUAAAUAUCACUACUACACACUCACGGUUCUCUAUAAUUAAAUAUGCUUAACGACAGCUUUUCUCUUCGUUGAGUUCAUGGGCAUUGGGUGCCAUA